AUACGGCGGGUGGGGUAGGACUUCCCACUUCAGCGUUUCCAGUAACUGCAGACAAGAAAAUUCGGAAUUAAUUCCGCUACAAGAAUUUCCGAAGAGACACCAAACUAAAUUUCGCGAAUGGACUUCACAAAAAGUGACAAGGAAUAACUCUCCAUGAUAAAAAUAAUUUCGACUUUUCAUCGGUACAAACCACACAAUCAUUGGCAUCCAUUUGACGUGACGGACAACGAUAAAGUCUUUGCAUAUAAUAAAUUGAUUACUACCAAGUUUGGCGACACCAUCGUAAAGGAUGGACUCACCACCGUGCAUGAAACUAGCGUGAUCGAGACUGAUAUCAAUGGAAAAUACGCCCAGUACCAAUCGCAUCCUGAAAACUAUUGAUCCUCAGCAUGGCAAGCUCAAACCACAGCUGGAGCCCACUCCAACCCAUCAGCAACAGAACGAAUCUUCGCUGUCCUUAGAGGCUCUCUUCAACGAACCUUCCGUACGAUCGACGCGAAAGCUAUCGACUUCCAAUAAUUUAACCAGGUCCAAAUUUCGAAACAAGAUUGUCGAUGAAUACGAUAACAGCGAACCACAACAAACGAGGACCGGGAAGAAUCGCUCCAGCACGACUCGACCAAAUUAUAAAAAUCGUCCCGCAACUACCACUACUGAAGCGCCCAUCACUCGCCGUCGCAGCGGUUUUCGGCCGAACAUUCAAUUCCCUAAUUCACUCUCGAAACAGUUGACGAAGUCAAAGAACAGCGAUCAGCAGUCGUCAACGACGGUCAGUUUUCUGCCCAAGGUGAAGCUACCGAGCACGCAAGGUCGCUGGUCGUAUAAGACCACGCCGAAACCGAGAAUCAUUAUUUGUAAGCAGGUGGAUGAAGAAGAUUUGCGAAUGUCGACAACUGAAUCAAGUACAACAGAGUUGGUUCCCGGGGCAGUCUUUGAUGAGCAAGGCAAGACAUCAGCAACGACAAGGCAUCAGCGACGGCAACGAUGAUCAAUGUUGCUCCGAUCUGAUCUAGCGGCACCAAUGUUGCCCAGAGGAAAGAACUGUCCUUGACGGAGGACGAGUUAGAUCCCAGUGAAAGCGAAGACGUGACUAGUGUCAGCAUGCAACAGAAUCAGCAGCAUCCUGGAGAACAGAUUCUACCAGUAGAAACGCUCAACGUGGAAAUCUUUACUGCGGCAGAUUUCGACAAUGUAUACUUCUUCGAACAACAGAUAUUUUAUUACAUUGCAGUACAUUUGCAG